AUGUGCUUGGUGCUCGUGGAUGUGUGGGAUUCGUCCAUUAUAGAGGUCUCUUGGUUGAUCAUCGCUUUUGCGCUCGGUAUUUCCCAAGUGGUAGGGACAAUAAAGCGACCGGAAAAGAUGGGCUUCGAGGCUUCGUUGACUGGUUUCAAUGAUUGGUCGUUUGGCCAAGUCGCUUCUAUGGUGACACUGGUCGCACCGCUCAUCACAAUUAUUGAUUAUUUCCAGGAAGAAGAUGAGGCACGCGCACAAGAUGAAGCACAGCCUGUGCCCCCCGAAAUUCCUCUCCCUUCGAUAUCAAACCUAAUUUUGGACCCCAAUGACCCCGACAAGGAUUGGACCUCCCAUGGCCAAAUUUUCGGUCUGAUCGAUUGGCAUAUAAUCACACUUGUUUGUGGUAUAUUCUUCUCGGUGGCACACCGUGACCCUCUUCGCAUGAUAAAGGAUCCUUCAUAUUUAUUCGAGGGUAUCCUCAUCUUCACGACUAGUAGGAUGGUUGUACCCAUUCUUUGCUCUUUGAUGGUGGACACUGUCUUUGCGGAAGCGGGUCCUAUGAGUACUUCUUACAACGCUCUCCAGAUGCUGGUAAAGCUACACGGCAUGGUAUCUGUAUUUGGUUUCUCCAUUUAUACGAAGAUGACGUCUGGUCUUCUGCCGCUUCUUAUUAUCGGUGCUGUGGCGUAUCGAUUAUUUCCAUUUUUCAAGAGUUAUUCUCAAAAUACCACCUCUCAAAGUACCAUGUCUCAAAGUACCCAAUUCAACAGCAUCCACUUCAGCCCGCCAAGCAACGAUCCCGGUCUUACCAGCAACAACGACUUCACCCCCAUGCCAAACAAUGACCCUGGCCUUUGCAACGCUGAAACCAAUGACAGCUCUAAGCCCGUAUCAAGCAACGACCGCAGUUUUGUCAGCACUGCGUCCUCUUGA